GUGGUGGAGGAGGAGGAGGCAGCAGCAGCGCAUAAAGGGGCCGCCGCCGGGUGAUGCGGUCCUUGCUGCGGUAGCACCCUAGAGCCGAGUCCGGGGAUCCGCCGGAGGGGUCUACCCCGCCCCCUCCCCUCCCCCUACCCCCCCAGCCCUCGUUCCUCCCCCUCCCUGCCGCUGCGGCCUCCCAGCCCGGACACCGCACUUUCCUCCAUCCCUUCUCCCCAGCCCCCUUCCCUGGUUCCCCUGCCCCGUCGCUGCUGCCUGCUGCCGCCGGCCCCUCUCCUCCGGGCCGGUGCCGCUCCCGCUUUUCCUAACACCCUCUCAACCCCUUCCCUCUUUCCUCCCCUACGGCAAGGAAUCGCCGCGGCCUAACCCCUCUACCUACCCCUCCUCCCCUCCCCGUCCCUCUCCCCUCUCCCCGUCCUCGCCCCGGGGUCCGCCGCCGCCCGCCUCACACAAUGGCUCUGAAGAGAAUCCACAAGGAGUUGAAUGACCUGGCACGUGACCCCCCAGCUCAGUGUUCAGCAGGUCCUGUUGGAGAUGACAUGUUCCAUUGGCAAGCUACAAUAAUGGGGCCAAAUGAUAGUCCCUAUCAGGGUGGAGUAUUUUUCUUGACAAUUCAUUUCCCAACAGAUUAUCCCUUCAAACCACCUAAGGUUGCAUUUACAACAAGAAUUUACCAUCCAAAUAUUAACAGUAAUGGCAGCAUUUGUCUUGAUAUUCUACGGUCACAGUGGUCACCAGCACUAACUAUUUCAAAAGUACUCUUGUCCAUCUGUUCUCUGUUGUGUGAUCCCAAUCCAGAUGAUCCUUUAGUGCCUGAGAUUGCACGGAUCUACAAAACAGAUAGAGAAAAGUACAACAGAAUAGCUCGGGAAUGGACUCAGAAGUAUGCGAUGUAAUUAAAGAAAUUAUUGGAUAACCUCUACAAAUAAAGAUAGGGGAACUCUGAAAGAGAAAGUCCUUUUGAUUUCCAUUUGACUGCUUUCUAUGAGCCCACGCCUCAUCUUCCCCUGUGCACAUGUUUACCUGAUACAGCAGUGCUGCGUGUUGUACAUACUUGGAACAACAAAAAUAGAAAUACUGUAUUUCCCGUACCAACAUUGACUCCUAGCAAAGAAGUGUGUGUGUGAAAAGCCAGUUCUUCAGUCAUAACCUAGUUGUGAGACUAAAAGCUUUCCUUAUUGACUUAAUUGGAUAAACAAUGCAAGGGCAGGGGUGGGUGUUGUAUGGUUUGGGGUGGGGAGGACAGUUAUGCUGACCUGUGGGAGAAUUUUUUAAAAACGGAAUCCUUUUAAACUCAUAACAGUUAUGAAAAGCAAGGUGAAGAACGUCAAGCUGUUUCUGUAUUCAUUUUAUUCUGAAGGACCUACAUCUUAGGUAAAUGUUUCGACCAACAAGAUUAAAUUGUACCCACAUCCUGUAUUUUAAGGUCUAAGUUUAACUGGUCAACACUUAAAUGGAUUGGAGCUAUUAGUACAUAGAGUGAUGGGUGUUGUUUUUUUUUUCCAGCUCUUCUCCAUCACCCCCUUCCCCCCAAUACUUUUUGGUUUGUAUGUGGUUUCUCAGUUAAUACAUAGCUAAUAGCUCUUAAUUUUUCUUAUGUUUUUUAACUGCUUAGGUCUAUCUGGAUGUAAGGGUAAAAAUUCAUUUGACAGAAAUACUUGUGUAUAUUUAAAGACCCAAUUGCUCCUCUGGAGCUUGUACGUUCAAGAAUGAUUAAUCUGUGUAAUAAACUGAUUACUACAGUCAUUACAUAUAA